GGGUGUGCGCGCAGCCGCAGUGGAGCCAGCGGACUAGCGAGCUGUCAACCCCUCCGCGGUCUGCGUCUUCACUCUCCUUUCUCACCUGCUUCUAACGGGAUCCUAUUAUUAAGACGGUCCCGCUGGGGGGUUACACUCGACCCGGGACAGACAACAACCUCACCCGGCCUGCUGAGGGACAGCAGCUAGCUAUGUAGCUCGAUGCUAGCCGCGCGUCAGAAGCGACUCCUCCGCGCUUUACCCCGAGAGACGACAUGAUCUCCUGCUGACCAGGUCCAGGUCUCUGAGCGUCCGGGCGCACGGUGUGGUUAUAGUACAGGUCUACGGAAACGACAUAAAUAGUUCGUAUCGUUGUAUUAUACCUGAGGUCAGAGGCCAAGGAACAGACGCGACCGGUUCCGCUGGCGGCGGACGUCCUGGAGAACGGAUGCGAGAGGACAUGUCCACCAUGGUGUGUGUGAAGGAGGACGAGGACCCUUCUGGGGAGGACAGGAUGUGCCAGGAGGAGAUCAUCUCCCGGACGCGGCAGGUGAUCCAGGGCCUGGACGCGCUGAAGCAGGAGCACCACUCCAUCCUGGACGGGGUGCUGGGCACGCUGCGCUGCCUGAAGCAGGAGGAGCAGGGGGUGCUGGUGGAGGAGAAGUCGCUCCUCAUCCGCAAGAGUCUGGACAUGCUGGAGCUGGGGCUGAGCGAGGCGCAGGUGAUGAUGGCCCUGUCCGGCCACCUGAGCUCGGUGGAGUCGGAGAAGCAGAAGCUGCGUGCCCAGGUGCGGCGGCUGGUGCAGGAGAACCAGUGGCUGCGGGACGAGCUGGCCAACACGCAGCAGAAGCUGCAGAAGAGCGAGCAGAGCGUGGCCCAGCUGGAGGAGGAGAAGAAGCACCUGGAGUUCAUGAACCAGCUCAAGAAGUACGACCAGGACCUGUCGCCCUCCGAGGAGAAGGAUGCGGACUCCAGUAAGGAGAGCCUGGAUGAUCUCUUCCCAGAUGAGCAGGACGACCAAAGCCCAGGCACCCAGACGGUCCACUGCAGUGCGGCCGCGGCCGCCGCCCAGCAGGGGGGCUAUGAGAUCCCGGCGCGCCUGCGGACCCUCCACAACCUGGUGAUCCAGUACGCGUCGCAGGGCCGCUACGAGGUGGCCGUGCCGCUCUGCAAGCAGGCGCUGGAGGACCUGGAGAAGACCUCGGGCCACGACCACCCCGACGUGGCCACCAUGCUCAACAUCCUGGCCCUGGUCUACAGGGACCAGAAUAAGUACAAGGAAGCGGCCAACCUCCUGAACGACGCUCUGGCCAUCAGAGAGAAGACCCUGGGCCGGGACCACCCCGCCGUGGCUGCCACGCUGAACAACCUGGCCGUGCUCUACGGGAAGCGGGGGAAGUACAAGGAGGCGGAGCCUCUGUGUAAGAGAGCCCUGGAGAUCAGAGAGAAGGUGCUGGGGAAGGAGCACCCGGACGUGGCCAAGCAGCUCAACAACCUGGCGCUGCUGUGCCAGAACCAGGGCAAGUACCAGGAGGUGGAGUACUACUACCAGCGGGCCCUGGAGAUCUACCAGUCCAAGCUGGGCCCCGACGACCCCAACGUGGCCAAGACCAAGAACAACCUGGCCUCCUGCUACCUGAAGCAGGGGAAGUUCAAGCAGGCCGAGACGCUCUACAAGGAGAUCCUGACCAGAGCUCACGAGAGAGAGUUCGGCUCUGUGGACGAUGAGAACAAGCCCAUCUGGAUGCACGCGGAGGAGAGGGAGGAGCAGAGCAAGGGCAAGCAGAAGGACGGCUCUCCGUUCGGGGAGUACGGAGGCUGGUACAAGGCCUGCAAAGUGGACAGCCCCACGGUGACCACCACCCUGAAGAACCUGGGCGCCCUCUACAAGAGGCAGGGCAAGUUUGAGGCUGCGGAGACCCUGGAGGAGGUGGCACUGCGCUCCAGGAAACAGGGCCUGGACGGGGUGCAUAAGCAGCGCGUGGCGGAGGUCUUGAGUGACCCCGAGGCGCGUGAGAAGCAGAGCAGCCGGGAGAGCCUGACCUCCGACUCGGUGAAGUACGAGACGGGGCCCGACGGCGGCCAGGAAGUGAGUAUGAGCGUGGAAUGGAAUGGGGACGGCUCGGGAGCUCUGAAGAGGAGCGGCUCCUUCGGGAAGCUGCGAGCCUCCAUCCGCCGCAGCAGCGAGAAGCUGGUCCGCAAGCUGAAGGGAGGGGGCUCCGGUCGGGACAGCGAACCCAAGAACCCUGGCAUGAAGCGGGCGAGCUCGCUAGGAGUGCUAAACAUGGCGGACAAGACUCCCGGGGACAUCUUCCAAGGACGAGAUAAUCGUGUGAGGAUGAGUCGCGACCUGAGUGCCAGCCACACCGACCUGGCGCUUUGACGGACCCCACUGCCUCCACACAGACGGACAGACCGCCCCAUCAUGUCCCCGCGCCCUCCCUUGUGCCCAGAGUGUAAAUAGCUGACCUCGCCGACGCCCGCAAAAUCAUCGUGCUGAGCUAACGCCGCUAGCCUUCUCUCUGUUCCGCCGACACAGCUUCAAUGGUUCUAUUGCACUUUGUAAAGUUCUGCGAGUGUGAGUGUUCUCGACUGAGGUGUACACCUCCUAGCGUAAGGCUGAUGUGGUUUUCCUCUGCUUCACUUUUUAAACAGCGAUAUACUGUGUUUAUAAGCUUUCUGUGUGUGUGUGUGUAUGUGUGUGGGCAGUUCCACACUUUCUCUCCAUCCAAAACGUCCGUCCAUCCUGUGUCGAUAGAAGGACAUAUCUCAGUGUAUGAAGUUGUAUGUUUACAUUUGCUUUUUAGAUUUAUCUUUUGCACUGCCCCCUAACGGUCUGACCAGGCAUAUAUAUAUAUAAAUAGUGUGAGAACGUCCCCUAGCGGUCUGACCAGGUAUAUAUAUAUAUAUAUAUAUAUAUAUAUAUAUAUAUAUAUAU